AUGAUAGACAAAUUAGUUAGUUUAUAUGGUACAAAGACUGAUGUAACUUUAGAAACGUCCCGAAUCAAAUUCUUUACCUUUGAGUAUGAUGAGAGUAAGUCAGCAAUAGAGAACUGUAUGGAGAUCAUGGACUUGGCAGAGGAAUUGUCAACAGAAAAUGAUCCAAUGAGGGAAAGUUGGGUCAUGACGAGGAUUUUGAGUGUCUUACCGCCAAAACUGGCACAUUUCAGAACUGCGUGGAACAACGUGACGGGACAUGCAAAGAACUUGGACACACUCAUCGAACGUCUGAGACUUGAGGACGAGCAGCUUAGAGAACCGACGACAAACGCAGAGGGCAGUACCAGCAACGCUCUCAUGGCAAAACGUGGAAAACAAGGGCAGUCGUCGAGCAAGCAGGACAAGUCACAGUUCACAUGUUACAAAUGUGGGAAGCCAGGUCACGUGAUCAAGGAGUGCAGAGGAAAGGCAUGUCAGAAGUACAUUGAAUAUUGCAAGAAGAAAUACUCAUGUAACAAUUGUAAGCAGAAAGGCCACUUCGCAAAGGAUUGUCCAUCCCGAGAAGAAGGAAAUAAGUCAGUAAAUUGA